AGCCAGCUAAUGAACUAACGAACUCGUUAACUGAUCACCUGCUUCUCCUCAAGGUACUGCUGGCGUGCGGUGAGGCGAGGCUGCAGGGAUGGAGGCGCUGCCCGAGCUGUGGCGUCUGUGACAGAAUAUGGGGCAUUUAUAAAAAUCCCAGGCUGCAGGAAGCAAGGCCUAGUUCAUAAGACUCACAUGUCUUCCUGCCGGGUAGAUAAGCCAUCGGAGAUGGUGGAUGUCGGAGACAAAGUGUGGGUAAAGGUUAUUGGAAAAGAGAUGAAGGAUGACAAACUGAAGCUUUCCCUCUCCAUGAAGGUUGUUAACCAAGGCACAGGAAAAGACCUUGAUCCGAACAAUGUUGCCCUUGAUCAGGAUGAGAGGAAAAAACGCAUGUUUAGAGACUACACUAGCCAGAAGAUCACACUUGAAGCUGUCUUGAACACUGUGUGUAAGAAAUGCGGCUGCAAAGGUCACUUUGCCAAGGAGUGUUUCAUGCAGCCUGGAGGAACCAAAUAUAGCCUGAUUCCAGAAGAGGAGGAAGAGGAGGUGACAGCAGCAGCAGGUGAAAGACACAAAAAGAGCAGCUUGACUGAUGAUUCUUCAAAGAAGAGGAAAAAGGAGAAGAAGAAGAAAAAGAAGCACAAGAGCAAGCAGUCCUCCGAGUCUGACUCGGACAGCUCUGACUCGGACAGCAAUGGGGCUCAGCCAGCCAGCAAGAGGGCCAAGCACUCGGGGAAGACCAGCAAGGCUCAGAAGAAGAAGAAAAAGAAGCAUAAAAAGAAGGCCAAGGAGUGACCGGGCAGACGGGCACUGGUGUUGUGAAUCCCUGGAACACACUGUUGGGAGCAAGCGGGACUGAAUCGGUGUGCUCCUCACACCAAGUCACGGAGAUUCCUUCUUCCCAAAGUCACUCAGCCUGUGCUGCUGAAGUUGUUGAUGUUGCUGUAAGUUUUUCUGUUACCUUAGACGUGGGCUGCCACUUCUCCCAUCAAGGCCAGCGGCCAUGCCUGCCCCAGGAGGCUGAUUGCACCCCUCCAUCAGCAGCUCUCCUGUCCUGUAGCCUCCCAUCCGGCUGGGUGAGCUGCCGGGCUCCUCGCACAGCAUCAGGCAGCUGCCUUGAGCCCGUGUGCCAUCAGCCCUGAUUCUGCUGCCUGUACGAGGUGGAGCUGUGCUGCCUGGCCGUGCUCCCAGCCCUGCUGCAUGCGUGCUGCUGGCUCAGAGCAGUGCAGGGACCGAUUGCAGCCCUGAUCAACACUGUCCCUGCAGAGCAGCUCUGAGAAAGGGCCCUGCUAUCUCUGCACUUGCCCCUUUCCCAGCUCGAGGUGUUGUUAACCCUGCCUGGAGGGGGUUGAUUCAUGAUUUGGUUUUGGUACACAAACCCUCCCCCUGCCGCGUUCAUUUUGUCUGUAAAUAUUGAGAGUGGGAGAGUAAGGAGCAAAUUGGUGAGUGGAGAUAUUUUAAGUAAACAUUAACUGUGGGGUAUUUGCUGCCUUUGUAAAGGAUGGAAAAUAAAUCUCUCAAAUCUCCAGUU